CGAGUAAUGGUAUAAAACCGUAGGUAAGGGGGUUCCCAUAUUCCAUUCAUUAUCCUCACUCUUUUAAAAGAGGAGUUCGUGGGAAACCAUGGGAAGGCAGCCAUGCUGUGAGAAGGUAGGGUUGAAGAAAGGGCCAUGGACAGCUGAGGAAGACAAGAAGCUCAUCAACUUCAUCCUCUCAAAUGGGCAGUGCUGUUGGAGGGCAGUCCCGAAACUUGCCGGCCUCUUGCGAUGUGGGAAAAGUUGCAGACUUCGAUGGACUAAUUACCUAAGACCCGAUCUUAAACGAGGCCUUCUCUCUGACUUCGAAGAGAAAAUGGUCAUUGACCUCCAUGCUCAACUUGGAAACAGAUGGUCUAAGAUUGCUUCCCAUCUUCCUGGAAGAACCGACAAUGAGAUAAAGAAUCAUUGGAACACUCACAUUAAAAAAAAGCUAAGAAAAAUGGGCAUCGACCCCCAAACUCACAAACCUAUCUCCUCUCCAACGGUUCAACUUCAAGCCGAUGUAGAGAGAUCAUCAAACUCAUUAAUUGUCACUGACCUCGAAGAGGAACAAGCAACAACGUGCAUGAAUGUCAUUGAGCCUCAAGCAAUUCUAGAUCCUUGUAUUCCGUCCUCCUCGUCUUCGUCAUCUUCAUCUUCGUCUCCUUCAACCUCGAAUCCAAUUGGGUUUGAAGACCUCAAGCUCCCCGAUUUCGAUUGGUUAUAUUGCAACGACACGAGUAAUAAUGGCAGUGAUGUCGGAGUUUGGGAAGAUGAUUUUAGUAGUUGGGAUUUCUUGGUUGGUCAUGAGGACGGUGAAGUGCCAAUUUUCCAAGAAUCUUGGCCUUGUGGAUUACUAUGAACCCAACAAUAACAUUAUUCUUGUC